CGUCCCUUUUUUACUUUUUGGAGAACCUAUUUUUAUAUAUAAAAAAUCGCACUCUAAUCGGCGCUUGUUCUUGUACAUUUUCCUACUCUUAUUUUUCUAAUUCGUUUACAUUACAUAAAAACCAGGGUCGCAGACGAAUUAUGCUGAAGCAAAUUACCAACGUGCGCGUGGCAUUCUGCCCCUUUUCGAAGCACUCGACAUCCACAAAGGUGUUUUUGAACCGUGUUUUGUCAAAGAAGAACAAUGCGGCCAACCCGAAUUGCAAGAUCAACGUGGUGACAACGGCGUUUGUCAAGGACCCAGCUAUGAUUGACGUCACAUUUAAGGACGGUAAAAAGUUCCAGAUCAACGGCGGUGAUAUGAAUGGCGAUGAUAUUAUUUCACAGGUGGAAAAGUACUCAAAGAAGCUCAGCCAGCAGGAGGAUCUCCAGGGCCAGUAAUUUUUUGUUUUUGUUGUGCUGUACAGUGGUUAUACCAAAUAGAAGAGCACAUAUCUGGAAGGCUCAGAAUAUUAUUUUGGUUUGUUUGUAAGUCUAUAUGGGAAAGUUAGUAUUGGCAUGACAGUUAUCAACAAUAAUAUUUACUAUUUGUCUGGCGUAUUAUUAUCUAUACAUUAUAACUUGCAUCACUUGCUGCGCAAGCUCUUC